CUGUAUCACAUCACUAGCCCAACAGCUGAUUGUACACAAAACAAGACAACAAUUGAAGGAAUUUCUUUGAUUGCAAUUCGAAACAGAUAUUUUAUUAAAACCCCCACAAUGCACCGAUCCCACCCGAGUAUCAGUCGUCGCAAGCACCUCAUGAAGGAGAUGAUGGAGGACGACUACGCCCUGCCCACGGAAGCACAGCAAAUCGCACGGGUCAUCAGCAGCCGGGGAAACAAUCUCCACGAGGUGGAGACCGUGGAGGAGAGCUUCCUGGUUUCGAUGCCCAAUAAAUUUCGUAAAAGCAUGUGGGUAAAACGAGGCGACUAUCUGCUGGUCGAACCGAUUGAAGAGGGCGAUAAAGUCAAAGCCGAGAUUUGCAAAAUACUCACACCCGAACAUAUAAAGGAGUACACAAAAGCUGGCAUUUGGCCGGAUAAAUUCACUAAGAAACCUGUCCCGGAGGAAGGCACCAGCCAAAGCAAAGACGAUUCCGAUUUCGAGGAUGAUCUCCUGCCCAAUACCAAUCGUCCUGUAAAUCGUGAUUCCUCCGACGAAGAGGAAGAUGAGGAAACAUCCAGCGAAGAGGACUAAACGACGUACAAAUACAUAGAUAGGAUAUUUAAAAAUUUGUCAAACUGAGUCGCAAUCCUUAAAAGUUAUUCCCGUAAUCAAGAACACCUUUUGUGCUUUACAAAAAGAUUGUAUUUACUAUUUUUUUCAUACUAUUGUUUAGUCUUCCACCAUCUCUACAUCUCAGGAAUGUAACAAAAUAAUGUGUCUGUGAAUGCUAGUGCUACUUCUAAGUUCUCGUAACCGAUCUACAAUUGUUGCAAAAGCUACACAAAAGCCUACAAAAAGAAUAAAUAAGCGCUGAGAUCGACCCUUAAAGCGUUUAUGCUCCUCAUUUAUUAA